AUGAAGAAUGCUUUGGCUGUGGGGGAUUGUGACAUUGUGACUGCAAACACUCGACCUUUGGAUGAGAGAAAGAAAGACGUUCACUUUCAAUGUGAGUUUGAAUAUGCUUCCAAUGGAUGGAUUCGUUCUGGAAGAGAUCCUCAACUUGUCAUGAACGAUGUUUAUUAUUUGAAUAAGACUGGAAUUCUUGUGGGUGCCUAUGACGGAACAAAUUUUGCAACCUUUGUCCAAACAAAACUAACAGCUGCCACCUACGUUCCCUUUUUCGCUGUCAACCUUCAAUACGGAGCUGUGUUAAAUCAAACUGUUCAUGCCUUACUCGGUGAUGCAAUUCAAUUCAAUUAUUGGAAAAAACAAAAUCCAAUUUGUGGUUGCGAAGUGAGAGCCUACGAUGCGUCUUUUAAAUUGGCCACAUUUACUUAUGGAAAUAUCACAGAGAUGAGUUUUGGAGUGGAGAGUCGACAUUUUCAAUUUAUUCAUCGCAUUUCUUGUAUAAUGGUCCUUGCAAUCGUUUUGGUGAUGAUCCAGAACAUGUGGUUCAUAUAA